CGACCGAAACAUUCACCUUAGCUCGUUCAUCGUCUUGGGGACAUCUUUCCAUUGAUACCACUCCUGUCAUCAUCCCCCUACUUGCUCCAUCUCUCCCAUAGCAGCUAUGAGCGACUCAAGAUCUGUCACUUCGGCUGGCGGAGCACGCGCUCCCGUAGCUGCCACGCCCUCUUACUCCACUGCUUCCUUUGGUCGACUGCAGAUCUUUCACCCCAUCUCUUUGCUGGUCCUGGUCGCAUCAUUUGCAAUCACAUCCUUCGUCGUCGACCCCAACCUGAAGUCCGUGUCCAAGGUUCAUCUCACCUACUUCAAUCCCAAUGACACGUGGUUGAUGGGCUACUGGGCCGUCCUGUUCAUCCUGCAGGUCGGUACAGCUCUUUCGAUCGCAAUCGCAGCGACUGAUCACACCAGGGCUCUCCUCGCCAAUGGCAUCUCCAUGUCUUUGCCCAUUGCGAAUUUCAUGCUAGCCAUCUGGGCGCCCCUGUUCAUUGUGAACAAGAUUCCAGCCUUCAUUGCCGGAGAAGUCAUGCUUGGCAUCGCCACUGUCCUGCUGACCAUCAGUGUCAUGGUCACGGGCGUCAAGCAAGCCUACGGUCCGACCUGGAGGCGGCCAGUAGAGUGGGCCAUGAUCCAUCUCCCUGCGCGAAUGUUCCUCGCCGUGCUUCUGCACGUCGACAUUUGGCAACAGGGGCUCAUCUCAUUUGGUCUCGCACCCGAGGGACCAAUCUCUUCCAAGACCAUCUGGCCCUCGUUCAUCAUCAUCGUCUCCGUCGGGCUAGCGACAGCCAUGUGGACUUUCGCUACGACGGAUCUGGCAUUUGGUGCGGCCGGCAUCUACCUUCAGCUGGCCAUCCUGUUUUCCAACAGGGUCAAGUUCGACAGCAGGCCUGCUGAGGUCGUCGCAGCUCACAUUUUGGCCAUCGUGCUCCUGUCUGUGGCUAUCGUCGCAUCACUGGCCUGGAGGCGAGUCACCUCCCGAACAGAGGGAAGGAUCGCCCUUCCCGUCAGCCCCCACGAGGAGGCUGCUCUGGCUCAGGCCGAGCUGGAAGCACAGGCUGCUGAGCGUAGGGCCAGGAGUAGAAGGGAGGAGGCAUCGAGGCUCAGAGAAGGUAGCGAAGCUACGCCUAGCCAGCUAGAGAGGGGAGAAGGCGGUGAGGAGGCUGCUCCCACCAGGAAGCUGGGCUCGGCACAGUGAAGCGGUCACGAUGCCGCUGGCUUGACGAUGCUUCCCCUCACGACCGACAACUCACGCACUGCCCCUGUCAACUCAUAGCAAACGUACCUGCACGCUCAUCUGUGCACUCUUCACGCGCUCGCCAUAUCCCUUCCUAUCUGUCCUACCCACAAAAGCUUCUGUCUAUCUCCGGAUCGUUCACGCCUACUUAUCAAUCGAUGGACAAUACUUGAAAUUGACUACUGUCAGCCUGGCGUGCGUGACAAGCGACAAGAAUACUGCUUCUCGUGUUCUUCAGGAGCUAUUGUACAUGUUCCUGCCAAGGGUUGUCUUCUGAGACAUACCUCUGUAUCUCAUUCCUGAGCUUCCGAUUUGCUCAAUUCGACGGCGAGAAGAGCUGCCUCUUUGAAGUCGUCACGAAUGUGAAAGUUUUCCAGGCCUGACGCGAGGAGCUGAUGUAGACAGAUCGGCGAGGUGUAGUGUAGCAGGUCAGCACAUCCCC